CCUGCCCCUGGAAGUAGCGAAGCCGAACAAGUUGCUGCGGCCGAAUAUCCGGCGCUCCCCUCCUCUUCCUCUCCUUUCUCCUUUCCUCCUCUUCCCUGGCUGUCGCCGUUGUCGCCCCGAGGCCUCGCGACCGCCGAGCCCGCAGCCCACGCCGCGGCCGACAUGAGCUUCUUGUUUGGAAGUCGCUCCUCUAAAACGUUUAAACCAAAGAAAAACAUUCCAGAGGGUUCUCACCAGUAUGAGCUCUUAAAGCAUGCAGAAGCCACCCUGGGCAGUGGCAACCUCCGGAUGGCUGUCAUGCUUCCUGAGGGAGAAGAUCUAAAUGAGUGGGUUGCAGUGAACACUGUGGAUUUCUUCAAUCAGAUCAACAUGCUUUAUGGAACAAUCACAGAUUUCUGUACAGAGGAGAGUUGUCCAGUGAUGUCAGCUGGCCCAAAAUAUGAAUAUCAUUGGGCAGAUGGAACAAACAUAAAGAAGCCUAUUAAGUGCUCUGCACCAAAGUAUAUUGAUUACCUGAUGACUUGGGUUCAGGACCAGUUGGAUGAUGAGACAUUAUUUCCAUCAAAAAUUGGCGUUCCGUUCCCGAAGAAUUUCAUGUCUGUGGCAAAAACUAUACUCAAACGCCUCUUUAGGGUUUAUGCGCACAUUUAUCAUCAACAUUUUGACCCUGUGAUCCAGCUUCAGGAGGAAGCACAUCUGAAUACAUCUUUCAAGCACUUUAUCUUUUUUGUCCAGGAAUUCAACCUGAUUGAUAGAAGAGAACUUGCACCACUUCAAGAACUGAUUGAAAAACUCACCUCAAAGGACAGAUAAAAGGAUGCAGAACUGUGCAAAUUGUUCCUCAAAUGAAGUUGUCUGGAGUGUAUUUGGAUUUUGUUGAUUUUAUUUUUAUCUUGGUUGUUUUUGUCUUAAGUUUCGGGGGACUUGUUUGGGUUCUUUUUUCUGUAUUCUGAAUAAAUGAAACCAUAUUCUAUUGCUAGAGGAAGCCAAGAACCAUUCUCUGUACAUUUGAUAGGCAUAAAUUUUGUCUUAGUGGCAUAUGGUAUGUUUUUUUAACUUGAUUUUGGUUACUUGUGGAAUUUUUGAUAAUAUUGUGUGUUGAAAGAAAAUGCUUAUUGAUUGAACUGCUGAUGGAUGGGGUUCUGUGUUGUAUAAAUUGUGGCCAAUUUUUGAAGUCCCUAAAAGACUUAUGUUUUUAAGUGCCUUGGCAGGCUCACUUCUGAGGUGCAAAGCACAGACAUAGAACUGAACAGGGCUUGAAACAAUAUUAGGAUUACUACCCAGGGCACUUACUGAUGAUGCAUGUUUUAAAAUAUCUGUGAUAAAAGCCAUAGUUUGCCUAAAUUGGUCAUCUCCAGCUCUUACUACAUUGAAGAAAUACAAUUUGUAAAGGUGUGCCUGUAGAAUAUAAAAAAUUAGUAUUUCUUAAUUAUUUUUUAUAUUGAUGAUAAUUCUGUUCAGCAAAUGCUUAAAGUUCUACAAGCAGGUCUUUUCGAUCUCUUGAUAUCUGUGAUACUGAAACUUGAGGAUGUUGAAAUGCAAUACCUAUUGCAUUUUGGCUUCUGUCUACAUGUUAACUGCACUGUAGGUGUAAAUAUUCCAGGUUAUAUACAGGUUUGCCAUCUUCAGAGGUGACGCUGAACUGUGAGGUUUCUUCGUAAUUGCCAAAUGAGCCAUAAGUCUGCAGAAUCCCCUUUUACUUUGAAGAUGAGGGUAUAGGAGUGAGUGUUUGGUUGUGGGGGGUUAAUUUGUAUGGGGACUUGGGGAUGAAAUUAAUUAUGGGGAGUCAAGUUUAAGAUUAAAGUCUUGUCUUAAAACCCUUGAAUAGAAUGACAUGGAAAUUUUAAUCAAUUUCUUGUAAGCAGAGUCUUAGAGACUUCUUUUUAGAAAUCAACUUCCAUGAGAAGUUAAAAAAUUCUAGGUAUAGAUAUUGAAUAUGGAAUUCAAGGACUGUUUGGGGAAAUUGACCACUUUCCAGCAUUUCCAUUCAGUGAAUGGAGCUAGUGUUUGCCUGUCAUUUUUAAAUGAUACCUUCUUUGCUUAUUAUAGGCCCAAUUUGAAGCAUUCUGACUUCUCAUUUUUUUCACUGUGACAAGAAAUAUUUUUCUUUGCAGUGAUAGCAAACAAUGAAAGUGCUAAUUCAGUAACUAACUUUUAUAUUUUAUUUUCUAUGACUUUCUAGUGAAUUACUCCCAUAUUAAAGAGUUCAGAAACUUGGUUUUUAAAAUAACUAUUAACAUUUUCACUGCAGUUGUGUGCUUGAGAUACAUUCUUUACAGACUUCCAGUUUUAAUUUUGUUGUUUCUGGUAAAUCUGUUUCCUUCAGUUAGAAAUAAUAUACCUUUUUCCUUGUAGAAUAGAAAUCUUGCUCUGAAAUUGUUUAUACUAAAAACACUUAGAAAAGAAUCUAAGAUAAAAUCAGUUUGUUUUUGCCAUUAACAAGUAGAGCAGUGAUACAAUUUAAUACCAAUACAAUUAUGAUCACUAGGGACUGCCUUUUUCUCCAUUUCAUUUAUAGCAAUCAUUCUCUAAGAACCAACAGAAGUAACAGGAGAGGCCGGCAGAGGCAAACAUAUUGGACAUUCAUUGGUAACAGUUAUAAAUUGCAGUGAGAACCAGCUGAUUUCCUUAAAACAAAUCUUUUAGUAUCCGAAUAUGUAAUAUCAGCCAUUAUGGGUUGAUUCAGAAAUAAAAUUUGGCAUCAAGUGAUUUUUGGGUCCUACCUAUUUAGAAACAUGAAGCACAUCAUUAUGCAAGCAGUCGUUCAUACUGAAUUUGACUUCAUAUCAACCUAAUAACAAAGGGGUUGCAGUAGCAAGCGUAGAGAGAAUAAUGAAAAAUUGUUCUUACUCUUUUAAGCCUUAUACAGCAGUACACUGUAAAAAAGGAAAAAUGUUUGUAUAAGUGUUUAGUAGUAAGAUCUACUUUCCCACUGUAUGUAUAUAGGAGUUUGUUGUCACUAUGCCGGAUUCUCAGGUGCCUGCUUAUGAGUAUUCCUUUAAACAGAGCUAUUGGGACGUAAGGAGUCAUGUGUGUAUAUAUAUGGUAACAAAGUAGAGAAGUUCUCCCAGGGAGAGGCCUGGCAUUGUACAUGGUGUUACAUGGCUACAAGUAGGGAAAUACCAGAGAAUAGGAGAAAUAACUGAUAUAAUAAAAAAUUGCUUUGAUUCAUUUGGUUUCCAUGAGUGUUAGUGAGAUGCCCUUUAUAAAAUAAGAUCAGAUCUUGGCUUUGCAGCAGAGCUUGCUUAUAAAUAAAUGUCUGUUGGACUCUUUCCAGAUCUCUAUAAAUAACCAAGAUAAGGAUUCUCCCCUCCCCCGUUCUUUAUACAGAGAUACAAAGCAGAAGUUGUUUUUCUCACCUGCUGAUAAAAGCAUAAAAUAUAAAGCAGUAAGUUAUUGUCACAAUGCUUUCAUUAAAUGUCGAUAUGAAGCAAGUUUUAGGAAUUAUUUUAAAUGAUGGUGAUGAUGUUGGAGAGGAAUGAUGUUGGAGAGAACUUAACAGAAAGAGUGAAAACCUUUAAGUUAGCAGUAGAUGGUGCUACUGGCUUUCCUUUGCUGACUUGCUUAUGCCAUGAAACCCAUGGCAUUAAACUGCACUAAAACAGUAAACAUGGUUUGGUUAGCUGGUAAGAGGCUUUGGAGGUUAGUGUACCUUAAUGAAAAAUUUUAGAUUGCUAUCACUUUUUACCUUUGUGAUUUGUAAAUUCUAAAUGGUCAGCAUAAAAUGUAGGAAAAGACAUGUUUAGUGUAUAAUAUAUCUCAGACUGAGUUACUGCCUGGUUUAUCAGGAAAGAAAGCACUACAAUGGCUUAUGAGGAAAUGCAGGCAAUGUGGAUAUUUAUAUUUUACAUGUAAUCACCAGACUCCAUUUUAUGUAUUAGCAUUUUCCUUGCUUAUGGGAAAAGAGCAAAAUGACAGAUUUCUUUUAUAUCUUUGUCUACACCCUCUCUGAGAGAGGUUUUGAUAACCACUGAAAUGGUAAAAUAUGUGAGAUGCAAUUACUAAGUUGUAGGACUUUCUUUUAAAAUAAAUAUGUUAUACCUUAAACAUCCAAAUGAGAGUUGAUCUUCAGAGUAGUUCCUUUGGGAGCACUACUUAUUCUAGCUAUGUUGCAAAGGUGUAAAGUUUUUGGAAUGUUUCAAAGACACCUUGAGAAUCGGUUUAUGACUAUGCAAGAAAAUCUAUUUCAUCAUUUUAGUUGCACCAAAAACUUUUUUUGGCAGUUAAUGUGACCUAUCUUAUUCACCAAACCAUCUCUACUUUUUUUUUCUUAGAACUAAACCAUUAGGGAAGUUCAAAAGAAUGUGCCAUAGAUUCUGAAUUCGCAAAAGAAAAGAUUUUUGAGCAUUGGUAGCAUCAUUUAAUAAAGGAGUAGUUUCCUGAUGUCCUACUUUGAAGUAGACAGUAUCUUUUGGAUGUAUAGGUUUUAUUUUUUAAGAUUUAGUUUAAUUACCUUACAGUUAAAUAUAAUAAUAAAAAAAUCAAAUUCUUUCUCUUGUUUUCUACUUUUUGUUCCUUUACCUGGUAACUUUUGAAUUUAACCUUGACUACUGUAGGAUAGUUUUGAUUGAAAGGAUAAUAAAAAAAAAAAUGGAUCCAAUAUUUAAGGUAGAAGUCGCUUAAGGAAACAACAGCUUUUACCUCCAUCCUUUAAAAAAAAAUUUUUUUUCACUCAGAUGAACAAUUUGAAUUUAAAGACUGGAGAUCAUUGUACAAAGAGAUUGGAAUAAAUUUUAUAUAUUAAUUAGGCUGAGUUUUAAGCCUACAUAUCACAGAUAAAAUAUUUAAAAUUGUAUAACCAUUUCAUAUAUCAUUUAUAACUUUAAAAUUGUGAAUGCCUUUUUAAAAGAUAUGGGACCAGAAGUAUAUUUGUAAUUUGAAAAUGUGACUGCUUACCAAGAGGAAAACUUUACUUAUUUUGACACUUAUUUGGGAUAUUAAAGAAUGUACCAAUUCUUUGAAACACUAUUUUAGAUUUGUACUUUAAGGACCAUUCCUAAAAUAAUUUAAAUUAGAGUUUUGUCAUAAUGUUAAGAUUCACUGUAGGGAUUACUGUUGUUCAGCUAUCAGUUUAAUGGUGUAUGAGAUAAAUGUUUAGAGGUAAAACUAUCUCGAAAUUUAAUGGAAAAGUUGAAUUUUAAAAUAUAACAAUUCUGAUUGUAGACAAUUUGAAUUUUUAGGGCUUUCCUAAUGAGCUAAUCACAUAGAAGAAUUAAUUUUGAAGGUAUAAAACUGUGCUCCAUGUCUGCCACUUGUAACUGAACUGAUACUUAAAUUUUGACAAAAGAGAAUAUACAGAUUAAAAAAUUGAGAACUCUCAGUUUUGCUAGUGUGAUUGUAAGUUUCUUUUUCUACAUGUAAGUUUCUUUUUCUACAUGUAGUUUCUUUUUCUUUUUUCUACUAUACUAUAGAAAACUUUGGAUCACAGUUCGCAAAGAUGGAUAGUGAAAUGACUGGCCUUUUCUAGCUAUAUGUUUACUUGUCAUCUCCUUCUCCUUGGAGAUAAAUUACUUCCUUACUGCUGUUGACUCUCUGUACGGCCCACCCUCCCAAUACACACCCACUUGGAAAACAAAACAGGUUGAUUGUACAGGUCUUCAUUUUUAGUGCUUCUGACGUACUUGUUACCAAUAAACAGCUUUCAGCUGAACUGUAAUAAGAUGCUACUUAUUACAUAGGCAUUUUGGGGUUUUUUUUUUGGUUGAUAGCUUUCUUUAAAUAUGUCACCGAAGCUGAGGUCAUUUAAAAAAUUUUGUUAAUGUUUAAUUUCUCUUUUAUAUAUUAUUAAAUUCUUAUGUGUGGGUAUUUCUUACAGGUUUGCAUGUGGUUUUCUUUCUAUUUUGUUUCUGAAAUACUUAAUUUUGCCGGCUGUAAAACAGAUUAGUGCAUUUUCAUUUUAAGAACACUUUCCUCCUUAGGUUGUUCAUUUGAGAUAACUAUUUUUAGGGGAAAUAGUUUUUUACAGCCACUAAAUUAUAUUUGUUAUUUUUAUACAUGCAUAACUACGGUGGUAAGGGCACACUGAUCUUGGGGGGAACACUUUUGUUCUAUUUUCACUUUUCCUGUACAUUAUUACUUAAAAUUAUCUAGGAACAGUGCCAUGAAAUCUAGAUUGA